CACCUUUUCACUCCUCUCUCUGUCGGUUUCCCUCUCAUAAAAAAACACAAACACUUCGGUUCGACGUCUUUCCCUCACCGCUCCACUCUCCUGCCGGCCUCUGGAUUCUCCUGCUUUACGAGCUCACCAGGAUGCAGCGUUUGACUUUGUUGGUAAUCUGCCUCCUGGGUGCUGCAGUGCAGGAAGCCCAGAGUCAGUGCCCCGAUCAGUGCGACUGCCUCCCUAACCUGCAGCACGUCAUCUGUGACAACAAGGGACUGAAGGAGAUCCCCCAGGUGGCAGAGAGUACCAACUUGCUGAAUCUGCAGAGGAACAGCCUGGGCAGCAUUCCUGCGGGAGCUUUUAGUGAAAGCAAGGGUCUCAUUUCCCUGCAUAUGCAGCACUGCCAGCUCACAGAGAUCGGAUCGCAGGCCUUUAAGGGACUUAAGAAGCUCACCUACCUCUACCUGUCCAACAAUGACAUCAGCAGCAUCAAGCCCGGCGCCUUUGAGGACCUUACCAAGCUAACAUACCUCUACCUAGAUGGGAACCAGAUCAGCAGGCUGGCUAAAGGCAUCUUCUCCCCGAUGAUCAAUCUUUUCAGUCUGCAGCUCAGCAACAAUAAGAUGCGGGAGCUGCGAACAGGAACCUUUUCGGGAGCCAAAAACCUGCGCUGGCUGCACCUGAACAAGAACGAUCUGCAAACCCUGCAGCCAGGCUCUCUGGAUGAUGUGGAGAACCUCGCCGUCUUUCACCUAGAUGGCAAUAACUUCUCUACCUAUCCGAGCGCAGCCAUGAGCAAGCUGCGUGUGGUGGAGGAGCUCACACUAGGGGGGAACCCCAUGAAGACCAUCCCAGACAACGCAUUCCAGAGCUUUGGCCGCUACAUGGAGAGACUUCACCUGGACAACAUGGGCUUAGAGAAGUUCUCUGAUGACGCAUUUAAUGGUGUGACAGCAAUCAAGUUGCUUCACCUGGACAACAACAGGCUAAAGGCUCUGCCCAAAAGCCUCAAGUUUGGCACCAUCACCAACAUGACCCUCUUCAACAACCCAUGGAACUGCUCAUGUCAGCUGCACUCGCUACGCAGAUGGUUGGACUCCAUCGAGAGCCGCCCAGACGCAGCCUGUGCGACUCCACCUUCUCAGCGUGGCAGGCAAAUCAGCAACAGCACCAACAUUAGACGCUGCAAGGAGAAGCCAAGGUUACCCAAGAAACGCCAGCAGCACUGAACUGCAUGCAGGAAAAAGCAAAGAAAAGCCUGCGCUGGUGAUCUGCAACAACAAGUAAAACAUCUUGGCUGUGCUUUGAAACUGUCCACUUAUUCAUCUGCAACCCGCUGUCAAAUACACUCCUGAUUAUUUUACACAAACGUAGCAAGAAGAUAAUGGAAUUGUAAAAAAAGAAAAAAUGAAAUGACCAAAGGUAAGAAAAAGCAGAUGAACAAAAGGCAUCUGAAGAAAUGUGUUGAUUUUUUUGAUGCAUCGAUUUCCCCACAGAUGCUAUUAUUUUGAAAAGCUAGAGAAACUCAAACUGUCUGAGCUUUGUGUAUUUUAGUAUUUAAAUACCUCCUUUUACCUUAUUAUGCAUCAACUUGCAAAGAAUAUUUCAUUUUUCUUUUAUUGAUGAAUGCUAACACAAAACACUGUUUGCAAGAAAAGUAUGAAAGCAGGACCGAACCAGCUCAUAACAUUUCAAUCGCAUUUUUUUUCUUCAAAGCAACUAGAAGAGCUUAUGAAAAGUGAUCGUAUGUAUAUCAAAUGUAUAUUCAACAUUUUUACUUUUCCAAGACAUUUUGAAGUGAUAACUACUCCUCACAUACAAUAAAAAUGUGUAUAAAAAA